AUGACGAGCAUAUCGGGCCUGGAGGUAUUUUCUGGAAUGCUACAGUCACCCCCGCCACAAGCCAGAAAUGGGCAGCUUCAAACUCUCCAACGAAACGUGACAACUCUCGCUGGGCGACCGGGGUGGGCAGCCGCUGACCAGGGAAACUCGACAGCCGACAUCUGGCGAAAUACGGUUACCGGACCACUCAAACCAAGCAAACCACAUGGCCGAAAGAAGACGGUUGUGUGGUGCGCCCCACCAAUCACCGCCCGCUCCCAGACCCGCUCCGGUCCAAACAUCCAUAUCCGCGUUACAGUACAUUACGCAACCCCGUCCCUCGCCUGUCGAUGCCCCACGCCCGCGCCUACCGAUGACGGCUGCAGCUCAUCGCCUGGCGAUUUCAAAUUUUCGGCGCACGGAAUCUUACAGCUUGUGUGCUGGUACCGUAACACCAGGUCGCUUUUAGAUCCAUUAAGAAGGAAGAGAAAGGAAAAAGAAAACUAUCGGGUCUAUUCUAGAGGCAGUGCGGCGUUUGGUUUGAGCGGUCAUGUCUGGGGAAACUUUUUUCGGACAUUGUUUUAUCGUAGCACUCUUCUCGCGGCUUCAGAGUUACGACGACACCCAGAGUUUUUGGCGAGUGUCCUCGCUGUACGGCGCAUUCGCGCUAGAUUCUGA